GCAGUCGUUUUCGUUUCGUGGUCGUCGUAUUUUCGCAUUUGCAUCGCCCGAAAAAGUGGUUCCGGAUGGUAGUGACAUUAUCGUGAAAAUUCCCCGUGAAAUCCAUCUUUUCCGUGUAAACUGCUGCGAAAGCCCGUUCACUUCCCCUCUGGGAAGAUAAUAGUGUAUAUUUGGUGCGGAAGCAGGGGAUAAAUAGUGUGAAAAAUCGAAAGUGAAAAAGUUCCUAUUGCUCAUCGGAGAGUGAGGGAGCAGAAAAGGCCGAGCGCAACGAAAUUGCCGUGCCGAAGAAAAAAAAAGAAAGGAGGAUAGUAAAACGAACAGAAGGGAAAAGAAUUCCAACAACUAUGGACAGCCCCUGUGAAUCGGAAAGUUCCCUCGAUGGCGGAGCAAUGCUCCCUCCGAGCCCAGUGUCGCGGGAACAGCUACAGAAACGCAUCGAAAGUUUAACUCAACAGAAUAAAGUACUGAAGGUUGAACUGGAUACCUACAAAAUCAGGGUAAAGGUAAUUCAAGAAGAAAAUCGAGCAUUACGACAGGCAUCAGUUAUUAUUCAAGCGAAAGCCGAACAAGAGGAGGAAUACAUUUCGAACACGCUGCUAAAGAAAAUCCAAGCCCUCAAAAAAGAAAAGGAAACCCUGGCACAUCAUUACGAGCGCGAAGAGGAAUGUCUAACCAAUGAUUUGUCGCGCAAACUGGAUCAGCUGCGGCAAGAGAAAUGUAAACUGGAGCUUACCCUGGAGCAGGAGCAAGAAUGUCUAGUGAACAAACUGAUGCGAAAGAUCGAAAAACUCGAGGCCGAAACAUCGGCUAAGCAAAAUCAUCUGGAACAGUUGCGCCGCGAAAUGGUGGAGCUGGAGAACACGCUCGAGCAGGAGCAAGAAGCACUUGUCAACAAGCUUUGGAAGCGAAUGGACAAACUGGAAGCCGAGAAGCGCUCGCUACAGAUCAAACUGGACCAACCGGUGUCCGAUCCGACUAGUCCGAAAGAAAUUAACCACCGCAUCGAAAAUGGUAACGACACUGCUUCGCAGCUUACGGCUCACAUUCAAAAUCUACGAUCGGAGGUUGAUCAGUUGCGCACCAAUCUGGCAGCAGCGGCGAAGGAAAGCCAGGAGAAAUCUCAGCACUUUGCUCAAGAGGAGAAGUGUAUUCGCGACGAGAAUAAGCGAUUGCAGAGAAAGCUACAGCAAGAGGUGGAACGCCGCGAAGCUCUCUCUCGUCAUCUUUCCGAGUCAGAAUCUUCCCUCGAGUUCGAGGAGGAACGCUUGUUCAACGAAAAUGUGUCCGCGUUCGCUGCGGCGGGUAGCAGCAGCAGUAAUCGGCCCAUCAGCCCCGGGGGAUUGACCCGUUGUCACACAUGUGGUCAGCUUGUAAGCCGUCGUACCAGUGAACGAUUCAUCAAGCCCGCGAUUCCCAUCGGUUUGAACACGUCGGCACCGAAUAUGCUUCAUCACGCCAGCGCCGGACCGGCGUCUUGUCAGCCAGGGUCUGGGAGCGGCGUUCACUUCCCAUCGAUGUCCGCUGGUGCCGGUACUGCAGGAGGUGGAGGAGGCAUGAGUUCCCUCAAUAGUAGCAUCUCUUCGUCGUCGACGCAUAACACUAGCAGCAACAUUUCCUUCAGUGGAAACUCGUCCUUCGUACAGCCGGCCAGUCCAAUGGAUACCUCAAUGUGUAAGGACUAGAUAUGCCUCCCGAAUGCGGUUAAGUAGGAGGUGAAUACACAUCUAAUAUUAUUAAAUAAACAUGCUGAUACUAGAUAAAGACGAGAUGAAUCAUCUCCAGUGCGGCCAACAUGCUCGCAGGUAGGAAGUUAGAUUCCGAAAAUUAAUCAACAAGAUUGAUCGGGAUGUAAGCAGAAUGCUCCAAUUGUUACUGAUUUAUCAUUUUUAGCAUCCUAUUAUUUACGAAUAGUCAACCAACAUAACAUAUGAUAACACAUACGAACGAUUUAGAAAUCGCUACCUUCAUAGAACUUGCAUCGAUAGGAGUGGAAUGUAAUAUAGAAAAAGAUUAAGGAGUGAUCUGUUAGGUAUGGGCCCUUAAUUGAAGUGUGGAAUUCAGGAGGUCGAUUGCGUACGACAGAGAAGAAUAGAUUUGGUUAAUGCUUGUUAUUUGGGUGAGACCUCGUACUACAUAUAAAAGUGGACUGUUUUCUUUUAUAGGAUUUAUCCUACUAUUUGCACAGGACUAGUCCCUUUGAAGUGAAUUUUUUAUUAAUACAUCUGAUUAAUUAAAACAGGG